AUGACUAUAAUACACGAGGGCCGCCAGAAAGACCACGAGCUCCCAGAUGAUGAAGCAGUACAUGAAGUCCUUGAUGCCUCUGAAGCCCAGAAAGAAUCUGUUGUUGAUGCCCCUUUAAAGAGUAAUCCAGGAGGCACAUAUGACACCUCCUUGCUUCGUCGCUAUGCAGACCAUGCUGCUGGACAUAAUCGUCCGUGUUUGAAAUCGAUAAACCACGAUAGGAAGAUAUUUGAGUUGGUACAACCCAAUUUUGAUUGGUUUAGGGAUCUUAUUCGCUAUUCCGGUCUUGUCGAUUUAUGUGAUGCUGCAUACAUGACAAUAAACGAUGACAUGUAUAUGGCAUUUGCGGAGAAAUGA